AAAGAGUCUGAAGAAAGUAUCGUAAAUGUAACUAAAGAAAUUCUUAGUGUUUUAAAAGAUAUUUGGAACAAUUUCACUUUCAGUUCUGAAUUUGCAAAAACAUUAAGUGAGGGGACAUAUCAAUUAACUAUCAUAUUACCAGCAAUUCGAGCUUCGUUAAAAAAUCUUCCUAUUGGUGAUUCCUUUUUCAUUAGUACAUCGGAAAAACAAAGUGUUGCCAGUGCUAACAGAAAAGGGGAUGGAUUUAUGGGGAGACUCUUUGGUUUGCUCAUCAUCGCCAAUGCCCCCAAAACAGAGGAAUUGAUUUGCCUAUACGAAAUAACGAGAAAACAUUACCUUUCACUUGUACCAGAACUUCUUAAACCUAAAGUAUUCGGAGAUAAAGAAACUGAUGAAUAUGUGAAAAUGUUUCAAAGGAUGCUUGGGUAUAUUUCUGAUGAAAUGAAUGCAUUCCAGUCUAAGCGUAUUGAGGAAAGUGGAGUGCUUCAGUUUCAGUGUGAUGAGUAUAUAUCCAAAAUUUUUGAACUUAAAGCACAGAAAUAUGAUCUUGAGUAUAAGAAUAAAAAUCAAAAAUAUCUUAUAGAUGAACUUAAAAAACAAUUAGAAUCUAGUCACCUUGUUACUGUCGAAGGUAAGAAAAAUCAUAAAUUUCAGGAGAAAUGUAUUCUAAUAGCCCAGAUACUUUUUAAUGAGGAACCCGUAGUUGAAUAUCGUUCAUCGUUUAUGGAAGAUUUAGAACUUGAUGCCUUCUUCCGAAUUAAUCGAAUCGCAUUAGAGACGCAAGGGGCACAACAUCGGCUUCAUCACACUGGCUGGUAUAAAGAUAUUAAAAAACUUGAGGAUAUUGUUAAUCGUGAUCGGAAAAAAAAAACACUAUGCCACCUUAACAGAAUUUAUCUUAUUGAGGUAUGGUAUGAUGAGAAACCAGAAAUUGUUAUUCCUCAAAAGAUAAAUAAAAUUAAAGAGUUUAUUAAUCGAGAAAGCUUCGAUCUCUCAUAA